UUAUGUUUUUACAGGGUUUGCAGUUCUACAAUGUUCCAUCACUUGCUGCCUCUUUAUUUGAGGCUGGAAAAGGGGAGAGAAUCACUAGCUCGUCACUUGAUCUGGUUUUGUGGCAUGGAAACCGGCUUCUUGAAAAACAAAAAACAACAAACCAACCGAAACGAGUUUGCUCCGAUUAAAAAUAAACACAAAUUAACGCACUGCACUCACAGUCAGCACAGUCCAGUUCAAAAUGCAGACAAUGAGAGUUCUGAUCGGAGGAGUGCUCCUAGCCGCUUAUAUCUACACUAUUCUGGCCAAGGAUCUGCAGGAGUGCGAAGAUCUGGGCCAGGGCAGUCACCUGUGCCGCGAGAUCGAGAGCUUUGAGCAACUGAGUCGAUAUGUUGGCGAAAACUGGCGAAGCGUCAAAGUGGUGAACGAACACACCGGCAUCGAGGAUGAAGAGCAGAAUCGGAAUUUUUCAAGUCUCGCUGGACUUUUGAAACUGGAUCUAUCCGAGAGUGGUGGCCUGACCUUGGGUCAGAGGGGACUGCGUGACUUUGUGGGCCUCCGGGAGCUCAAUAUUACCCACUGUCAGCUGGAGGAGCUGGAGGAGCAGCACUUUCCCAACGCCUCCAAGCUCAUCAGUCUUGAUGUAAGCUACAACGACAUCCAGCUAAUAACGGGCAAGAAGAUGAGCCGAUUGGCAGAUCUGGAGUAUGCCAACUUCUCCAACAAUCUAAUUGCCGAAGUGGAGCCCGACGCCUUUAAGGGUAUGAAGAAGCUGCGCUUCCUCGAUCUCACCACCAAUGAGCAGGAGAAUGUGACUCUGGGAGAGAACGCGAAUCUGAGGUACUUGUCCAUAAGCAACAACAACGUGAGAGAUUUCCAAUGGUGCCGCAUGCGUGGCCUACCCAAGCUGGAGGAGUUGCACCUGCACAGCAAUUGGCUCGAGAAUCUAGACAUGGGCAUAUUCUAUGCCCUGCCCAAACUGCGAGUGUUGAAUGUCUCCAACAACAACUUGUUUGAGAUAAAGCGAACCUUGUUCAAUGCCCCCGACGUGCGACCGCCUCUGGAGCUGCUUGACUACAGCUCAAAUAAUGUGAAGGUACUGGAGGAUUCCGUCUUCUGCAGGCUCGGAAACUUAAGGACUCUCAAUCUGUGGCUCAAUCAGAUCAACAGGAUCCAUCCUAGAGCCUUUCUGGGCCUGAGAUCUCUGCAAUCCCUGCAGCUGCAGGGCAACAAGAUUUCAUCGCUGCCGGACGAGCUGUUCGCCAAUUUGACUGCCUUGGAACAGAUGGACUUGAGCAGGAACAAUAUCAAAAAGCUGAGCUUAAAUGUCUUUGGCGGCACCAUUCUCCGCAAGCUGACCCAGCUGGAUCUGAGCAACAACUACAUAGCGGAGCUGCAUCCUCUGGCUCUCUCAUUGCUGCCUUUUCUGAGGGAACUGCGCUUGAGGAGGAACAAGCUCGUGAGUCUGGACCUGCGCAUGUUUGCUCCUCUUCGACGACUGCAGAUGCUGACGAUCGGAGAGAAUCGCCUGGAGGAGAUUGAACCAGAGAUCCUGGACACCCUUGAGCAUGUCACUCACUUGGAGAUCAACAACAACCGGCUCACCUUCUUGCCAGAUCUGAAGACUUCACAGAACUUGCAGUUGCUAAGACACAUUAGCCUCGAGGGCAAUCCCUGGCAGUGCCUGUGUCUGGACGAGAUCACCGCCUGGCUGGACGGAAGACGAGUGAGCUAUGCCCGCCCCAGCAGCGCCUACUUCAGUGGCCGGAAGCCCCUCUGCGUGGUCACACCGAUGGAUAAGUGCCUGAGGAAGCUGGAGGAAGUACGGGCUCAGGGCAUAGUCGAGAGCUACGAGAAGAUUUGAGCUCUUAUUUGCCUUAAUAUUUUAUUCAACUGAAAAAGAGAGAGAGCGAGCAAUAAAUCAAUAUCCACUAAAUGCUGGAUUGCAGUUUCUGUUGUGGGUUCCGCUCCGCUGACUGACUGACUGUGUCCACCCCGAGAGUCCUGGGAGUCCUCCGUAAAUCACAGACAAUUGGAUGACCAUGAGGGCAAAACUUUUAGCUAGCCAAAGUAUUUGGCCAACUGUCGUAAAACAAUAAAACGGAAGGCAUUCGGGGGGCAGGCAGGCGACUCGGGCGGAAAACCGAAGCAGAGAUUUUCAAAUACUUAACACCACUUAAGCGAACAGUUGGACAACGACAAUGAUGGAGAAGGACCAGGGUCUGGGAGCUGGGCAUUGGGAAUCCCUAGAGGAGAGCGGCAGCAGAUAAACUUUUUACGUUCAGCCACAAUGAAUUGAUUGAUUGAUGUGAAUAGAAUGGAGUGAGCGGUCACUGCAGUUCCUGGACAUUAUUCAUUUUAUAACAACUUCAAGGAGCCGCAGAUUCCCACUCAAUAAGGCAAUAUAAGAAAUUCCUGGAGGCCCACAAGGACUUCGCGGGAAAUGCCGAUGCCGCGGCACUACCCACACUCGUCACCAUCGGCCAUCGAAUAAAUUCCCCCUUUUCGGAGAUGAAAUGACAACCUGGAACCGGAGUGAACAAUGCGUCCUCGGACAGGAGUCAUUAAAAAGUUGCCACAAUCCCCACGGUGAGGGUAAAAUUAAGCGAGCCAUUUGAAUGGCAACCAUGGCGACAGCGUCGAGAGCAAAAGACUUGGACGGUCAUCAAAGUAAAGUGUUUUCCAACUUUUCUUUUCUCUGGGUUUUCCCAUCGCUUUUUUCCCCCCUUCUGAUUUUCUUUUCUCUUUUUUUAGUAAACUUUUGCAGAGCUUCGCAGCUGCUCCUGCGGCGCUUGUUAUUGUUGUUAUUUACUAUUAAAGUUGGCAGGAUCGUAAACAGCUUGCGGCCAAAAAGGAAGAACCAGGAUGAGCGGGGUAAGCGAGUUGAGGCGGGGUCGCUGCGGAUAGUUUUCCCCUUUGAUACUUCGGCUCUGUUGGUGAUUGGCUCUCCCAACUGUAAUUUCGCAAUUUCCGGCUCCAUGGCCUUGUGUGUGGGCUCAGCUUUAUUACCAAUUAAAGUUAUUCAAUUGCCGCGCAAAAGUUAAAACGCAGCGCUAAUUUCAUUUCCCUCCUAAACGUACAUAAGCACUGCAAAAAAUUUGUAAAUAUAAAUAA